CCAGCUCGUUGACUGUCGACUAACGGGGCGCAAACAGAGGAGAGAUGAUUGUACGGCGCACACUACUUACGCUUUCCCUACUUGCGGUGCUUUGGAUCAGGGCUGGAUGUGGACAACCGACAAAGGCCGAGGCAGACGCAUCAGAUGCUGCCACUAACGCAAACGAUGAGUACAAUCCGCAAUGUCUGCCGUUGGAUUUCUUCGACAAAGAUCAAUCCGAGGACACGAGAGCAAAGAGAGACGAUGGGGCGGUACUAGCUGAGGGGGAGAAAGAGGCGGACGAGGCAGAUGAAUUUGUUGCCCAGCCGGGUUACGUCGUACCCGCCCGAAGACGACGGCCCUGUUUCGGUCGACGACGAAACUUUACGAAAAAUUGUGGUCCAAAUCCGAGGGUACGUAACGGUUCGAAGUGGAUGCUGCCGUAAAUCGGCCUAACGACUGUGUUCGGUUCUGUUUCUCUCCUUUAGGCGUACAGAGUGAGGAACUUUGUGAUGUCAGCUAAAAAUAAUCCUCCUCCCGGUCAUCUUCAGGGUCGAGGGUGGAAAAAAAAGUCCCCUAAUUAAAAAAAACCCCUACAAUAAGCUACUCCAAUCGAUUCUCCUAUUUCUUUACCACGAAGUGCUCCAAAAUACAUACGAUUAUAGUUCAA